UGGCCAUCAAGGAACAAUCACAAUGCCAGUCUUCAAACUGCUGUUUUGUCAAUCACCUGUUAGAUUGCUCAAAGUUGCAGAUGCUGAUGCCGGAAAGGAUAUAAAAAAAGAAAAGAAAAUGCGCAAAAUUUCCAUGAAGAAAAUUGGAAUACAAAUUGAAACUUAUAUCUGCUAUCUUAUUGCUGAAUAUGAUUGUAACUAA